CAGAGAAAAUGCGACGUUACAGAAUGAACCGGGACCGUGAUCCACAAAAGAGAACUCAAUAUCUCGAAAAAGAAAAGUUAAGAAAUUCAAGCAGAAGAGCGAACAUCAUUGACAUGUCCAGGAGAGACAAGAAAUCCCAAAGGUCUAAGUGGAGGGAAAUAAAACGGAAGCAACGACAGAAGUUGAAAGAUGUUGAACAGUUGAUGACCCCACCCAUGUCUCCUAAUGAAGAUCAACCAAUACCCGGACCAUCAAGGCAGAGACAACAAGCCAGGAGAAGACGGAGAGAAGAAAGAAAAGCUUCUCAAAGAAAAGUAGAAGAUCUUCAGAAAAAACUCACUGUUGAGAAAAAGCGAAUAGAAAUGUUGAGAAAAAGAAUUCAGAGAAAUAAAAAUAAAACCAUGACAGGUGAAGGAACUCCCAGAACUAGGACGAAUAGGACCAUGAAAUACUCUUCACUUAAGACCGUCAGAAAAACUUUGCUCUUUCAUAAUGUCCUAAUGGAUCAACUCCGUAAUAGCUACAAGCAGUCUUCAAAGAAAUAUAAGAGAUCUUUUUCACAGACAUUAGCAGGAAAAGUACUGCAAAAAUACAGAAUGAGAACUCAUGCCGCAAAAUCCUUGAGAAUUAAGACAAGAACAAAUCUCAAAACCAGAACAUGUCUCAUAAGAAGAACCAAACAGAAAAUACAAAAUUUCUUUGAACGAGAUGACAACAGUCGCAUCACAUCAGGAAAAAAAGAAACAGUAACUUUCAGGAAAGUUAGAAAACAGAAGAGACUUCUCACAGAUAAUGUAAGAAACCUAUUCAGAAAAUUUCAGUCAGAGAAUCCAAAUUGCCAUAUGAGCUUGACCUCCUUUAGAAGAAUGAAACCUUUUUGGAUCCGGAAAGCAACAGAGUAUGAAAGAGACACCUGCUUGUGCAAGAUCCACGACAAUUUUCGUCUUGUAACUGAGAAAUUGCACAGUCUUCAUGUGCUGAAUGACUCCAAUCCAGACAACGUUGUCAAGAAAACAGCAUGUGACAUCAACAAUAAAACCUGCAUGUAUGGAGAAUGUCAAAAAUGCUGUGAUUAUGAAUUGAAUAUCUCUGACAAAGAUCAGAACCAGACAGUAUCUUGGCUACAUUGGACGCAUAUGAGGGUAAAACGAGAAAUAAAAAAUUGUGGGGUGAAAGAUGUCUUCAUAACCACAAAGAAAGAAGAAUCUGGAUAUUUAAGUGACCUCGUUCAAAGUUUCCAAGACCAGAUUCCCAAAUUCAAGAGACACUUCUACAACAUGAAAAAUCAAUUUCUGCACCAUAGAAACAUUCUUAGGGAUUUAAAUGAUAAAGAGUGCAUUCUGCAUGUUGACUUUGCCGAAAACUAUCAAGGGAAGUUAGACAGUGAAAUCCAAGCUAUGCACUUUGGUGCUUCGAAAACACAGAUUACCUUACAUACUGGAAUCCUCUAUACAAAGGACUGCCACAAGACCUUUUGUACAGUGUCAGAUUCUUUGGAGCAUGGUCCAGCAGCAAUAUGGGCCCAUCUCCUUCCUCUUCUCAAAGACGUGAGAAAAGAGGCUCCCAGUAUUGAUACCAUUCAUUUCUACAGUGACGGACCAACAUCACAAUACCGUCAAAAAGGAAAUUUUUACCAUUUUUCCUCUCUGCCUUUUACCUUGGGUUUCAAACAUCUGGAUUGGAACUAUUUUGAAUCCGGGCAUGGUAAGGGGGCUCCCGAUGGGAUUGGUGGAGCACUGAAGAGAAGAGCAGAUGACAUUGUUAGAUGUGGAACCUCAAUUGCAGAUGUUGCAACAUUUGUAUCAAAACUAGAAGAAGCCAAAACCAGUGUGAAAUUGUUUCUCAUCAAUGAAAAUGACAUACAAGCUAUUGAAAAGCUGAAGAAAUUCUCAAGUCUUGAUCCAGUUCCAGGAACCAUGAGGAUUCACCAGGUCAUAUCAGAGUCACCCCACACAAUGUAUUACAGAGAUGUAAGCUGUUCGUGCACUCACAUCUCCCCUUGCAAGAAUCAUGAAUGCAAUAGGUUCAUGUUUCCUGAGAAAAGAUCAAGGGUAAAGUUGGAAACAUCUGAAACAUCCGGCAAGAAAUCAAAACUUGAAGAGGAAAUUGAAGAAAAUGGCAUGUCAUCAAGGAGACAGUAUUUUGAAAACAUUCUUGAGGAAUUAUGUGAUUGCUGUACCUAUCAAGAUCUUCAGAACAAAUGCAAAUCUGUAGCUGAAAUGAUGGAAUACACAGUUCAAUGUGAACAACAGACUAUUGUGAGCACAGGCCUAAAGGUGGACAGACAAGCCAAGCAAAUAUACCCAAAUGAUGCACCAGUUCAGUUUUGUCCUGUAAAAGUUAGCGCUGAUGGAAACUGUCUGCCACACACUGCCAGUGUGUUUGCUUUUGGUGAUGAAUUGUCACAUGAAGAAAUGAGGGCAAGAAUUGUUAUCGAGCUGGUUAACAAUGAAGAUCUGUACUUGUCACAGAAUCAUUUGAUAAAAGGCCUUUCACCAACAGUGAAGGUUCCUCAAAGUCUUGCUGCAAAUUACUGCCUAUAUUCAGAACAUUACAUUGCUGGGGUCCACAUGACAACAGCAGUCAUUCACACUGUGUUCAGAGAUGAGAUAAUGUCCAUCAGAAAGUCCAGAACAUACAUGGGAAUAUGGCAGUUACAUGCCCUUUCAAGUAUCUUAGGUGUUAAGAUCUUUUCAGUCUAUCCACAGUUGGGAAACAAAGGUGUAAGAGAACACCUUCAUCGGUUGAUCCUUCCACAAACCAAAUGUUCUAGAACAGACAUAAUUCAAAUAAUGUGGACAAGCACACGAACACAGGAGCUGACACGUGAACACUGGUUACCAAACCACUUUGUUCCUGCCUUGCCGUACACCACACCUCCUGAGCCUGCCACCACUUCCACCACACCUCCUGAGCCUGCCACCACCCUAACCACACCUCAUGUCUCAGAGCCUGCCAACACUUCCACCCCACCUCCUGAGCCUGCCACCGCCUCAACCACACUUCCUGAGCUUGCCACCGCCUCAACAACACCUCCUGAGCCUGCCAUCGCCUCAACUACACCGCCUGAGCCUGCCACCGCCUCAACCACACCUCCUGAGCCUGCCACCGCCUCAACCACGCCUCCUGAGCCUGCCACCACCCUAACCACACCUCAUGAGCCUGCCAACACUUCCACCACACCUCCUGAGCCUGCCAUCACACCCGAGCCUGCCACCGCCUCAACCACACCUGCUGAGCUUGCCACCGCCUCAACCACACCGCCUGAGCCUGCCACCGCCUCAACCACGCCUCCUGAGCCUGCCACCGCCUCAACCACACCUCCUGAGCCUGCCACCGCCUCAACCACGCCUCCUGAGCCUGCCACCGCCUCAACCACACCUCCUGAGCCUGCCACCGCCUCAACCACGCCUCUUGAGCCUGCCACCGCCUCAACCACGCCUCCUGAGCCCGCCACCUAUGAGGCACUGAAGAGAGACUUGCCUAUGCCAGAGACAUUGUUGGACAAGUAUGUCAUUGUUUCCUAUGACGGCAAUGCAUAUCCUGGAAGGGUUUUAGAAUAUGAUGAACAAAAUGAGGUUUAUGUUGAAUGUAUGCACCACAUUACACAUGAAAGCAACUGCUUUUUCUGGCCCAGAUUCAAAGAUAGAUGCUGGUAUGAUUAUGACAUCAGUGUCCUUGCGUGUAUCCCAGAACCAUUACCGAUCAAGGGUAAGGAGAACUCCAGACACCGAGAGGUUGAUCCCAAAAUAUGGAAUAUGGUUAAAAAACAUAUGCUUACAGCAAAUGUACAAAAUGAAACAGUGGACAACAAUUGAGGAAUAUCAUAUUGUACCAAGAAGUGAACUUGAAUGAUUAUGAGAUUGUUUUUUCAAGUGAUUCAUUCCUCAUAGAUAUUUGUACAUUUGAAAAAUGUGAGAUGUGUUACUUUGACUUUUUCAAUUUGUUUAAUUUGAUGAAUUUGAAAUCUACUGAAUACUAUUCAAAGCUUCAAGAUUUCUGUAGUUGUAGUCUAUUCGACUGGACUGGAGAUGUUUGUAAAACCAUUGUAUUUCAAAAAUAUUUGUCCGAAAAUGAAGGAAAUGUAUUACAUAGAGACGGCUAUAAAAUUAUUUAUGCUGAUUACUCUUGUCUUUUGAUACUGAUAAUAGUGAGUUUUCAAUCAAAACAAAAGUCGCUUUUCUCAUACUUGAAAGCUAUAGAAUGUUAUUUAAAUACCAACAAUUUAUCUAUAGUUUUGAUAUCUCAAAUUCAUAAGUGUGAACCGUAACUAUAGUAUUGGAGAAAAGAUGUCAUCAGUUGUUAAAGCUUUCCAUUUCUACUUGUUUGUGCACUGUCUGCCAAAAAUUAGGGUCAGUGGUUAAUAAUAGUGUUUGAUCCCUUUCAUGUUACAAAUUUAUUUGUUAAAUUAGGUUGUUUAUGGUUCAUGUCAACCCGUUACCAUUCCUGUCCUGACCGUUACCUGCAUUGUCCUGACCGUUACCGAUGUUAAUUGACUGCUGUAAUUAAGUAAUUAUGAUGCAAGAAAUGCUCAUCUUUAUGUAGGUGUCAUUAAGAGAUGUUCUUGAAACAGUAGCAAAUGCUUCUUAUUGACAUCUUCCCCUGUUUAAAGCUAUACACAUGAUAAUGUUUUAGAAAAAUGCUUCUUUUUUUUUGCUCAACAAAUAAAAGAUACAAAAGAUCACUGUAAAAAAUCAUGAUAAUAUUCUUAGCCUCAAGUGUGAUUAAGUUAGUUUAAAAACAGUAUAUACCAACAUUCAAAUAUAAAUCAGAAUUAUAUUUAAAUUUUGUUAUCCUGUUUAAGAAUUGGUAACGGUCAGGACAUUUUUUCUCUUAUUAAUUACUUUUGAAUCAAUUAUAAAAAUAAUUCCGGCAUUUAAGCCUGCAUGUUUGUAUUUUUGAAUAAUUAAGUGUUUGAGAUGUUAUUGGAAUAAAAAAUAAAAUCAUU